CCUGGCUCCUGCUUUCUGCCCGUCCCAGGGACCGGAGCAGGAUUCCCGGAUCACGGACCACAGGGAAUCCCGGUCCCGGUCGGUGACUGUUCAGGUUGCAGAAGGGACAGAGACAGCGGCGGCAGAGGCUCCUGUCCCUCCCGUCAUCUCGCUUUGAGAAUUUGAGGAUCUAGUUUCUGGACCAUGAGCUCCUACACCGUGUCUCUGCCCGGCCCCGGACCCUGGGGCUUCAGGCUGCAGGGGGGCAAAGACUUCAACAUGCCCCUGACCAUCUCCAGGAUCUCUCCAGGCAGCAAGGCGGCGCAGGGUAACCUGGUCCAGGGUGAUCUCAUCGUCGCCAUCGAUGGCGUCAGCACGGACGGGAUGACUCACCUGGAGGCCCAGAACAAGAUCAAGAUGGCCAACUACAACCUGGCGCUCACCAUGUCCAAGUCAAAGCGUCCCGCUCCGAUGCCGGCACCAAGAAUGGACGCUACUUUUCCCAUGAUCCCUCAUCAGCAGGUUUUCUCCCCCACUGCUCCCAACGCCGGCUUCAACCCCGGCGUGCUGAAGGACACCGCCCUCUCUACCCAUAAGCCCAUAGAGGUGAAGGGCCCUGGGGGCAAGGCCACCAUCAUCCACGCCCAGUACAACACGCCCAUCAGCAUGUACUCACAGGACGCCAUCAUGGACGCCAUCGCAGGACAGACGCAGGGCAAGGGGCCUGACGUCGGUACUGUCCCAGUUAAAGAUGUAGACAGAGCCUCCAUGGUCUACCAGGCCGUCCAAACUGCAGAGAAAGACCUGGAUCUGGGGGAGUGGGGCCGCCGCAGCAACAUGCAGUCCAAGUCCUUCAGGGUCCUGGCCCACAUGACUGGAACCAAGUCCUCACCGGAGGAGGAGGAGGAGCUGAGGAGGAGCAGCCAGUACAUUCAGCCUCCCAUCAUGCAUCAGGCGCCACAGGACACGCCCCCGCAGCAGUACCAGCCAGUUCCGCAGCAGUACCAUCAGCCCCCCACACAAUAUGCCCCACCCACCCAGCAGAGCUCCAUUCAGAUCCCUCUUGGCUCCGCCCCUCCCAAGGUGGUGAGCACCGCUUGUAUCUACCCCUCCCAACCAGGUCCAGGUCCAGCUCCAGGUCCAGUCCCCUCUCAGCCCCACCCUCAACCCCACCAUCAGCCCCACCAUCAGCCCCACCAUCAGCCCCACCCUCAGCCCCACCAUCAGCCCCACCCUCAGCCCCACCCUCAGCCCCACCAUCAGCCCCACCAUCAGCCCCACCCUCAGCCCCACCCUCAGCCCCACCCUCAGCCCCACCAUCAGCCCCACCCUCAGCCCCAUCCUACAGCCCCUUCCCCUGCUGGUGUUUCCUCUAACAGACCCCCCUGGGUGACUGACAACAGCUUUGCCGAUAAGUUUGACCCCGGUAAGACCACCACCUCCAUGAAGAUGCAGCCGCUGCCCCAGGCUGCCCCUCCUCCACCAGUAUACAUCCCCAACCCCUCCCCCGCUGCACCAGCAGCUCCCAGCCCCGCCCCCAUAACCCCAAGCCCCGCCCCUUUCCCUCCAGUGGCGAGGGGCGUGGCCCAAAGGGCAGAGCGGUUUGCCGCCAGCAGCCGUACGCCUCUGUGUGGAGCCUGCAACAACAUCAUCAGGGGCCCCUUCCUGGUGGCCCUUGGCCGGUCCUGGCACCCUGAGGAGUUUAACUGUCACUACUGUCACAUGUCUCUGGCUGAUGUGAGCUUCGUGGAGGAGCAGAACAACGUUUACUGUGAGAACUGCUACGAGGAGUUCUUUGCCCCCACCUGUGCUCGCUGCAACACCAAGAUCAUGGGGGAAGUGAUGCAUGCCCUGCGGCAGACGUGGCACACCACCUGCUUUGUCUGCGCAGCCUGUGGUAAAGCUUUUGGAAACAGUCUGUUCCACAUGGAGGACGGAGAACCGUACUGUGAGAAAGAUUACAUUGCUCUCUUCAGCACUAAGUGUCACGGCUGUGACUUCCCAGUUGAAGCUGGUGAUAAGUUCAUUGAGGCUCUGGGUCACACCUGGCAUGACACCUGCUUCGUCUGUGCGGUCUGCCAUGUGAACCUGGAGGGUCAACCUUUCUACUCAAAGAAAGACAAACCUCUGUGCAAGAAGCAUGCUCACGCCAUCAACGUGUAGACCUGCCGUCUACCUGUGGAUCUGCUGCCUCAUCGCCACCCCCCCACCCCCGACUGCACGACGAACACAAGCGACAACUUUUACAGAUGUGUGUAAACGCUCUUUAUGCAAAAUACACUUUGGUGUGAGACUUUUUCUUUGUGCGUUAAUAUUAAUGUUUGAAAAGAUUCUGCUUCAGGAAGUUUCCUCUGUUCAUCUGCUUCCUUCCUGUGAUGUCACUGCUCAGCUGCUCAGUUCACACAUGGAGGUUGUAUGGAGUCUGGAGAGCGCCACAUGAAAUAAAUGAACAAAUUUAACUGUCUUCACUUUUUUGUCUUAAAGUGAUGUAUUAAAAAUUACAUUUACAUUACAUUACAUUUUGAAAUGUAUUUCACAAUAAAUUUAAUUAAAAACAUUUUUUUUUAAAUUAAAUUACAAUUUUAUUAUUUAUAAACAAAAUAGGAAAUAAAAGUAUUAUUAAGUAAAUUUAAUUUCUCUUUCUUAUUUUAAUCUUUUUUAUCAACUUAUGUUUAAUAAUAUGUGUUUUUUUUAUUCAUAAUUUAGUAAUUGAUAAUUAGACAGAAAAUUUCUAUAAUUAUACCAGUGGCAUGCUUGACACUCCAUAGUUUGAAGUUCACAGAUGUAGUGUGAAUGUUGUUGUCAUCAAAUCUUGGUCAUGUGACUGUUUAAACUUUUUUAUAACUUUUAAACAAUAAAAUAUGAACGUUUAGUUGAACUCAAAAAUAUUAAACCAUAGACUGAACAGAAUCUAGAACAGUGAAAGAUAGAACUGGUUUACUUCUUCUUUUGCCUUUAAACAGAACAUGGUCCAGUCCUGAAACCAGUCUUGGACCGGGUCUGUACUCAGACUUGGGCAGAUCUGGUGGUGGUCUAGUCUGAAGUGGUCUGACUCCAGCAGUGUGACAGUGAACUGAGCAGCACAGCAGUACAUGAAGAAACCUUAUCUGUGUGAAAACCUGGUCCAAGACCACUUGACUCUGUGUGAGGACUCUGUUUAUUCAUAACAAGAGACGGAUCUGGACCACUGAUCUGGUCCCAGACUCAUGGUUUCAGGCUCAGUCCUGAUCUCUCACAGUGUUUCAGUGUAUUGGAGAUGUUUUCCAGGUGAGGCUGCUGCAGAGUGCUGAUGUGUAGAUACUAAUCUUCACCGACAAUAGGUGCUACACUACAGAUGAACUGAAUUUCAUAUUUAUUGACUGUGUGUGAUAUUUAUUUAAAAACUAAUCUAUGCUCACUGCUUGGAGCUCAUCACGUCAUCAUCAGCUGUUUUUUCAUUUUAAAUGUUGAUUUCGAAGAUGAUUUUUUUUUGUAUUUACACUGUAAAAAACUCUAGGAGCUUGAAUGUUUAUUACAGUGGCUCUGUUCACACUGCUGGUAUUUUUUAUGAAUGAAUGAUUAUUGCAGGAUAAAAAGUAUCUAUAAAAAUAUAAUCUUUUGACACUUUGGGGGCUCCAUAAGAAACAACUUGUAUCUCAUAACAAAAAAAAACAAGGUGACAGGAAACAUGUUGGUGGAGUCGUUUUCUCUCUUAAUAACUGAAUCAAAUUCACUUUGGAAAGAACGUUACCUGUUCCAGGUAAAUGAAUCUUUACAGGUGUAGCUAAAGUGCUUUAUAAGGAGACGUCAGAGUGUCUGUCUCCACUAACAGAACCACAUGUGAUUGACCACCUGAAUGUUGGCUGGGUCACAGUGUCAACACGUUUAACACCAGGAACCACAGGUGUCACCAAAACCAGAACUUCCUUGUAUUUGUAAAGAGAAACUGUUGAGUUUCCCAUUCACAUCAACAGAGACAGCACCUGGUGGCCACUAGAGGAACUGCACUUUAACAAACUGCUCCUUUAAAGGUGUGGAGCAGUCAAAGUAAACAAAAUGUUUCAUCAUGAGGAGUGUGAACGGGUCCUGGUUUUUCUUGGUCUUCAGUGUGAACAGAGCCUCAGAUUUACUGAUGGAUGAUUUAACUCUGGCUCUAGUUUCUGUGGUUUCUGUCCUUGCAGUUUUGUGCCUUACGGUUCUGGUCUGUCUCUGACCGGCACACACUCUCAGGUCUCUGGGUGUCUGUGCUGGUGUACAGUUUUUACUUUGGAAAUUUUAUACAGUUUGUGUGUUUUUCAGAGAGUGAAUGUGAACAACACUUAGUCACAGUGAGUAACAGCAUGUGGAAGGAGUCAGUAUUAGUUUGUGAUUAACACAGUUUCUCAUUAAUCACAGUGUUUGAACUGGUUUGUGUCACUGAGCUGGAACGAAACAUGAAGCUGUAGUUACAGUCAAAUUUUGAUUUACAGCUUUUAAACAAUGUUUGUGUUGCAAUUUAAAUAAAUUUCACUUCAAACACUUGAAAACAUUUGUCUGUUUAGGAUUUUUUUUUUAAAAACUGAUAGUUACAAUAAUUAUAAAGAAUAUGAUAUGUACAUAUACAAACACAUUUUACCUAUUUAUAUACACAGAUACUGGCAGGGUAAAGAAUGAACAACAUAUUUACUAAAGACUCUGCAAAAGAAUAAAAUAAGAAAAAAAUUUAUAAAAACAAUUUAAUAAAGAAAAGGAAAAGAAAAGAAAGAAAAUUAAUAUAUAGGUCAGUUAGAGGUGAAACUGUUACCAAUGUUUUUUCAGAGUAAACAAAGAUGGUGAUCAAUAUGUCUGAAUUCAGCUCCUCUGUGUCUAAAUGGAAAUUUUAUUCUUCUUCUUCUUAUUAUUAUUAUUAUUAUUAUUAUUAUUAUUAUUAUUAUUAUUAUUAUUAUUAGUAGUAGUAGUAGUAGUAGUAGUAGUAGUAGCAGUAUUAGUAAUAAUACUUCACCACCACCAGUGGGCGCCUGAAUUGCCUUUAGAUUGGACUUCAAAAUGAAAGCCAGUAGGUUUCUCUGCAGGACACAACAGUGCAGCUGUGAUUGGAAGCACAGAGGUGGAAAAAAUAAAGAGCUCUCACUCUGCCUUCAUGUUGGGAGACCAAAAACAAACCACUCAGCGCUCAAUACAGUGGAGCCUCCCAGAAAAUACUGUAAUUCUACUGCAGUUCUAUUGUAUUACUUCACUGGCCCUGGCAGCAGAUUUAUGUCGGAGGCUAAAUAAAUAUCUAUAAAUAUGAAUAUUAAGGAUGUAAUGAAUAAAAUGUCAGCUUUCAGAUAGUAAACACCACUCAGACAUUUCAUUUAAAGCUCCUCCAGUGUAAAGGUCUGUGUCCAUGUGUAGUGUGAUUAUAGAUCAGCUCUAGCUUCUAUAUAAAUAGAAGUAAAGUAUCAAAGCCUCAGUCCACAGAGAAAUGCACACAGCCUGUAUUCAGAAACUGAGCCUUAAAACCAGCCGUCAGGACUUCUGGAACUUUGUGAUGUCACAACAAAGCAGUCACCAAGCCCCGCCCACCUGGACCCACCAUCCAAACCUUGCAGGAUUUGGUUUCUCUGAGUGUUUUUACCUGAAAUCUGCUGUAUUUUUAUUGGAUCACUCAGAAAACAGUCAGCCAAUCACAAGAGAGGCUCAGAGCCUCCUCUCUUCUGAUUGGCUCACCAACCUGUUGUUACUAGAGCUGCAGAGAGAAGCCUGAGAGAGGAGAUGUAAAACUAAAGGUUUGAAUAGUCUGAGAAAAUAAUAUCAACUCAAGAUCCUCUCACUGGACCUUUCAACUGCAUCACUACUUCUUCAUCAUGAGUGUAGUUUUCUCAGUUAUCAUAGUGAUGGCUUCAACAGUGAGAUGUGGUUGAAAGGUCAGGAAACAGUAAGUGGACCUUGGUUUUGAAAGCAUGUGAGUAAAUGUUUAUACAGGAGUUAACACCUGUGAGAAAGUCAUAAAGAAACUGAUCCAAACAUUUUAUUUCUGCAAAGAUUCAAAUAUAUUUUCUGUGCAGGUUAUUUUCCAACACAAUGAUCUGAAGGCUGUGUCCACACUGUAAGAAUAAAAGUGUUGAGUCUGAAACAC